AUGUUAUUAGGAAAAAGUGCAGAUUUUAGAGGUAAAAGGCCAGGAAUCAUUUGUGAGCAUUGUGGCUACAAAGGUCAUCUUAAGGAGAAUUGUUUUAAGAUAAUUGGCUAUCCAGCAGAUUUCAGGAGCAAGAGAAAAAACCAGACUGGAGGAGGAAAGGUCUAUACCAACAGUGUGAAUGUGAACAAUGAGGAAAAUAAGGUAGCAGCUGUUCAGGCGCAAGGGAAUGGACAAUUCUUCACUGAGGAACAGUACAAGCAGCUUGUUCAACUUUUGUCAAAGCCAGCAACACCCGAAUGCUCUACUAACAUGACAGAUACAGGAGCAACUCAUCAUGUCACAUACACUAAGGAUAUUCCGAGUAAUAUGAGAAGAACUUAUGAUCAAGGAAGGAGUGAAGUGCAAUUGCCCACAGGAAAUAAGGCACAAAUAACUCACACUGGGGAAGCAUCUAUACUGGGAAAUAAGACAGUUAAAAAUGUCUUAUAUGUACCAUAUUUUAAAUUCAACUUGUUGUCUAUGUCAAAGCUCACCAAAGAUCUCAGUUGCACAGCCACAUUCUUUCCUGACUUCCGUAUGUUUCAGGAUCUUUACAGUGGCAGGGUGAUGGGGAUUGGUAGAGAACACAAUGGAUUAUACUUGCUGAAGGAGAACAUAACAGUAGUUGUAGCAGGUUUCUUGGUGAAUAAAGGGGCUGAAAGUAAACUCUGGCACCUGAGAUUAGGCCAUGCAUCUCUGAAGUCAAUGCAGCAUAUUCUAGAAUUGAGGAAUAAAGUGGACAUGCAGCUUGGGGUUAAUGUGAAAGUGUUGAGGUCUGAUAAUGGUAGUGAAUUUUUUAAUUCUCAAUGCAAUGAGUUGCUAGCAUCUCUGGGAAUUAUACAUCAGAGUAGUUGUCCAUAUACACCCCAACAGAAUGGCACAGUGGAGAGGAAACACAAACAUAUCCUAGAAGUUGUAAGGGCACUAAUGUUUCAAAGCUCGGUGCCAAUGAGAUUCUGGGGUGAUUGUGUGAGGACAGCAGCAUAUUUUAUUAAUAAACUAACCACAAGAGUGUUGCAAAGGAAAUGUUCAUAUGAAAUGCUGCAUAACAAACCAACAAAGAUAGAGCACCUAAGGGUGUUUGGUUGUUUGUGUUUUGCAAGCAACUUACCAGGUGGUGACAAAUUCAGUCCAAGAGCAAGAAAGUCAGUUCUUAUAGGAUACUCUAAGACACAGAAGGGGUACAGAUUGUUUGACUUGAAUGCUAGAAAAGUGUUCAUCAGUAGAGAUGUGUCAUUCAGGGAACAAGUGUUUCCUUUCAAGGAAGGAACUCAAAUCACUGAAGAUUUAUUUCCAUGUGAGCCUCUCAUACCAAAUGAUUCUUUACCUGAACACUCACUUCAGACCAUCACUGAGGAAUCAAACUCCUCCGGAGCACAUGGUCAAGUUGAAGCAGCCCAGGCACCAGUCAUGGAACCAACAGCUGCAGCAGACACUCAGACUCUGGAUUCAAUUGAAGAUGCAGUAGAUUCAGUUGACACUAUUGAUCCCACGGAGACCAUUGAUGUGCAGUCAGACACAUAUCCACUUCCAGGCCAGUCACUUACUGAACGUGUGGCUUCUGAAACAACUGAUGUCAGAAAAUCUAGCGGGACUACAAGGCCCUCCAUGCGGCUGAAAGAUUAUGUUACAAGCUCAAACACUCAAAAACAUCCUCAUUGCAUUUCCAACAAUGUCUCAUAUUGUCAUUUGUUAACACAUUAUCAAGCUUAA